GGUAGUACUAUCCAGAUUUUAAAGAACGACAAUGGCUUCUUCAUCAGAGAAAUAUGACAGCGUUCUCUUAGGUAUUCUACAGAGCGAAGGAAAAAUCCAUCACUUUUUAGAGGCAAUAUUUGGUUUUUUAUACAGAAAAACAGACUUUUAUCGUUUGUUGCGAGAUGGGUCUGAUAAAUUGGGAUUUCCUCCUGGAGUUGCGGAAAAAAUAGCCUAUGGAUCAUUUAAGAGAUUUAAAGAUAUGGCUGAUAAGGAUGAAGUUGAAAGGGACAAACUUUUACAAUUAAAAGCGAAAGAAAUUCAAGAAAAGGCUUUAAACUCCAAUCCUCCUCCUGUUGUUCAAGAAGAAGAAGUCUCAACUUCAGCUUCCCAACCAUCCGAAAAAAAAUCCAACGAUUCCGAGGUAAAAGAUCAAUCAACUGAACAAAAACCAUCAAUAGACAAGAAAAACACCGAGACUAAAAAAAUUGAAGACUCCCCUGAAGGGGAACAAGGAGUUUAUCAAGCCAAAGCUGACUGCUAUAACGGUGCUGAACUUGAAAAUUACGCCUGGUCGCAAACGAUAACGGAUCUAGAUCUGAGAGUUUACGUCUCAAAAACAACCAAAAAAGGAAAAGAGAUAUCUGUUAGCGUUAAUAGAAAGUCGAUAAAAGUCGUUCAAAAGACCCAGAAUGAAGAUCGAAUACUAAUUGAUGGAAAAUUUGCAUGGGACGUUCGUGCUGAUGAAUGCGUGUGGAGUUUAGUUCCUGGAGAAUAUGUUCAUAUAAACUUAGAAAAAAUUGAGGAGCGUUGGUGGGAAUCUGCUUUGAAAGGUGAACCUACCAUCAACGUGAGAAAAAUAGACGCUUCAAGGCCUAUCACCGAUCUAGACGAUGAAGCUCAGGCAAAAAUUGAAGAGAUGAUGUACAAUGAGCAAAUGAAACGUCUGGGAAAGCCUCAAAGUCAUGAAAAAAAAGUGCAUGAAAUGCUGAAACAAGCUUGGGAUGCUGAAGGUUCACCUUUUAAAGGGCAACCGUUUGAUCCGUCUUUAGUUAAUGUAGCAAAUCCAAACUCUCAACAACCUUUCUAA